CGUGCGUAUGACGCGUUCAGACACAUCGUAUUUGCCGCCGCCAUUAUCAAGACAUCUGUGAUAUAUUGCGGACAUUAGUGAGGCCAGGGUUCAUCACUAUUUACUCCUCACCCGCAUCGAACACCACCAAACAGGCCCCCCUCAAAAAAGAUUUAAUUGCCGAAGUCGGACACUACUUCAGCCUUGGCCUCCCACGACAGUCAUGGUUCAGAAUAUUUCUUCGAAUUUCUAAAGUAUUUGCAGCGAUAGGGAAAGUUGUAGGGCAACAGAGUGCCCAGCACCGUCCUGCUGGGCAGCAGCAGCAGCAGAUAUGACCGGACACGGGGUGCAGAGAUUCUUAUCGAGGCGUGAUGGCAAGCGCAACCAAGAUCGAGACAGCCAUCACCAUUCAGGUCUCAUCACCAAGAAGCCUCCUCCCUCUGCGUCAAGUCCAGAGUUGAUGUCGAAGCCCUUUGAUCCAACAUCGGCCUCUGACUUCUAUGGCUUGUUUGACGCCCAGGGCACAUCAGCCAACCAAGCCGAAGAGCAAAAGAUCAAAACACUCCGACAUCGCUUGCUCAGUUCGAAAGGUGUCAUCCUGAGAAAUGCCCAGCUGCUCUGGGCUUUGCGUUCGAAUGCUGCAAAUGGUGAUGUGGACGCCGCAUACGACCUCCUGCAUGCCAUGUCCGAUGCAUCUGAGGGUAUUGUCACUAGUUAUGAUCCCAGAGUCAGACUGUUAGGCGCACAGAACCGACAAGGUGUGACUUGCUAUCUCGAUGCCACCCUCUUUUCGAUGUUCUCCCGCCUCGACAGUUUCGAGGCCAUGCUGUACAACUCUUUUGAGGAUCUCCCACGCAACAAACUCGGGUUUCUUCUGCGACUAUGGGUCAAUCUCCUGCGAAAUGGCAAGCUCAUAACCACCGACGUCACCAAAGUGCUGCAGGAGGCUCUGGCAGACUGUGGCUGGCAAGAGGCUGCGGAACUGCAUCAGCAAGACGCGUCAGAAGCUUUCACUUUCAUCACUGGGGUUCUCGACCUUCCCCUGUUGACUUUGAAAAUGGACAUAUAUCAUACUGGUAAGGAAGAUACCAAUGACGAUCACAAAUUCAUCAAUGAGAGGCUUCUCGAAGUCGCCAUCCCCCCACCCGAGCCGACGGACCAAAACAAAGUAAUCACUCUCGAGGAAUGUCUGGAAGAUUACUUCAACAACCGCAUCGAAGUCAGAAGGUACAUGGAGCGGAGGUCGACGCUGAGCUCAAUGCGGAAAACAAGUGCUGUUCACGUCGAGACUGUCGAGGUGGACCCUGACUCAUCGAGCCCCUCCACUCCUGUAGCUUCGCCGAUAGGUUUGCCGCCCGCAUAUGCACCGCCCGAGCGACCAGUGAAUCGUAUGCGUACCCCAAGCAUCAUUCAAGAGCGUUAUAUUCCCAUCCGGAAGGAGAGUGGCUCUUCGUCUCUUACUGGAAUUGAGGCGAAGGAUUUCACCGGGCGAUUACGUGCCGGAAGUAUGCGGAAAGAGGUGAUGAUGCCGGCGUGGCAAUUCUUCAGCCUUAUUCCAUGGUACACGGACAAUGCACCUACCAAUGAUGCCCAGGUCGCCGCCCAUUUCUCAUCCAAGCGACCGGUACUGGGUCUUUGCCUCAAGCGAUAUACUAUGACGCCCGAAGGCAGAGCCGUCAGGUUGGACACCCAAAUUGACAUUCCCGUCGAGAUCGGUGUACCUCACUUCAUCCAGGACGAGCACAUGGAAGAGACCAGGUCGCUGUAUGGCAACUUCAAGUUGUCAUUGCAGUCAGUGGUAUGCCAUCGAGGCACUUCCGUUGACUCCGGUCAUUAUAUCGCACUGGUGCGAGGAACACCGCCUCCUGAUUCGGCAAAUAGCGUCGCCUCCACGACGACAACCGCAACUUGGAUGAGAUUCGACGAUCUCGCGCCUUCUCGAAUCACUGUGGUCGAUAUCGAGAAGGCUCUUCGAGAAGAAACCCCUUAUUUGCUAUUCUACCAGAUUGUUCCCAUUGAAGGUGACCCUGGACAUAUCACGUUUGGCGAGGAGACUGUCCCAUCCGCAGUUUCUGAGAGGAACGCGUCAGUAAGUGAGGUUUCUAGCGUAUCUGUUUCCACUGGAAACCAAACUACAUCUGGAAGACCAAGCUUCGAGAUUUCGCCGGCAGACGAUCCUCGUGGUCGGUCUCCUGUCGAGUCUAGAAGAAUGAGUGCGAUCUCACUCUCAGAGCAGCGCUCGGAACCAGUAAGUGAGACGGCACUGGCCGUUCCGAAAGACCCGGAAAAAUCUACCAGGACCGAACGUCUGAGUGGAUCGUAUUCCCGGAAUAAUGUGAGCGGUUUGGGUCGAACCCUGUCGAAAUUGACCAAGAGGAAAAGUCGCGACGUGCAUCUCAAUGCCGCGGAAGAUGGGCACCGCCCCGAGAUCCAUGUUACAGAACUAAGUCAACCAUCAUUGACGGAUAAGUCAGAUUCGAUGCCGAACACUUCACAUCACGAGCACCACAAAGGUCAUAGGAAGGAGAAGAGUCGAAGUCGGCUUGCCAGGAGUAAAAAUCGGGGAGAAAAGCCAGAUAGAGAAUGCGUUGUGAUGUGAAAGACAUGUGCAUGUCGGGCCGGAGUUCUUGAUGCAUCUAUUGAGCCCUUACUAUUCCGUUCAUGAAUGAUUUGUAUUAGAUACAUAUACCCUUGGUGUUGUUCAAUGGUUUUGGGGUCGCAGGGUUAUGCAUGGAAGCCAUUGUUUUCAGGGCGAAAGACUUGACGAUAGACCGUCCUUGGCUCAAAGAGUUGACUGCUUAUUGGCCGUCAAUCAACACAUAGCACGAGGACAUGUGUACCUAGUUAUCUCUCUGUCCCAUCUUUCUUCAGCCGAUUGGAAGUCAUCAAGCGUGGAGAGCUUCUUAAAUUGAUCAAGGAGAUUCGGGAUACUUCGGCGAAACUUGGAAUCAGAAAUAGGAAGUCAACUGAUGAUCGCCUAGAAGUUUUUAUCGAGGUCAUCAGACGUGGGAAGCUAAGCUUGAAGCUAUGGGUUGUGUCCGAACGUCCGUAGCGACUGUUGUCCGUAGUUCUCAGUCGACAUAAGGGGGCAUCUUCAAAGGUGACAAUUGUGAUGAAGCGGUACGUUUCCUGUACAAGGCGGCAUCAUCAUGAUUCUAAAAUGGGUUAGAACGAAUAUAGAUGGGCGAGGUUCCACUGGCCUUGGCAAUUCCCGCUGCGUUUCUCUUCCGCCUUGUCG